ACACCUUGAAAGCGAUAUUUAACGAAGUAGCAUUAUUUUAAAUUCAGAUAAAAUAAACCGAUGUCUUAACACAAAAUAUUUAUUUAUUUUCUAUAAUGUUAGUAAAACGGAAUUCAAUUUGAAUAUGACAGCUGCUACCUAGUUACCUUAUAUGUCAGUCAAAUGUACGGAUUUGUACUUAUCGUCACCGUUCGUUUGACGUACUUUGAUUGUUGAGUGGGUUGUUUUUGUGUAUUGAUCUGUUUUAUAAAUUGCAGUGAAUUGGACUAUUUUAUAAUUGAAAGACAUUUUAUAUUAAACUUAUCUGUAUGCUAAAAUAAUCACAUAGUUGUAUGAUUGUGACUUGUAGAAUCUAAAUUGUCCAGAGGCCUGUUAUAAAGAUAUUCGCUUCAAAAUUGUAUGGAAGUGGUGGAUUGGUAUUGGAUUCACGUGUGAGGGGCGAGGCUGCGCGCGCACUUCUACGCCACCGUAGCGCUACGAGCGCUUUAGUCGUGUCCGAGCUACGCUUGUUACUGAUUGCUACGCCGUAACACCACAAUACAGACAAUACUUCACCGUCAAAGUGAUUGUGACAUUGUGAUCUCAAAGGAGUUGAACCAAGUGAAAUCAAAGCGAACCGGAAUAGAUUAUUGAACAAUAAACUGACGAAUCAAUCAUGGCCUUUGCUGGACUCAAGAAACAGAUCAAUAAGGCUAAUCAGUAUGUCUCGGAGAAGAUGGGUGGUGCCGAGGGCACGAAGUUGGAUUUGGAUUUCGUGGAAAUGGAAAGAAAAACAGACGUGACAUGUGAAUUGGUAGAGGAGUUGCAAACGAAGACAAAAGAGUUCCUCCAGCCAAAUCCAACUGCCCGAGCCAAGAUGGCAGCCGUGAAAGGAAUAAGUAAACUCAGCGGGCAAGCAAAAAGCAACACAUACCCUCAGCCUGAGGGUGUACUUGGAGACUGCAUGUUGCAUUAUGGAAAGAAAUUAGGAGAGGAUACCAUAUUCUCACAAUGUCUUAUUGAAAUGGGCGAAGCGUUGAAACAAAUGGCAGAUGUGAAAUAUUCCUUAGAUGACAAUAUCAAGCAGAGCUUCCUGGAGCCCCUGCACCACUUGCAAACCAAAGAUCUUAAGGAAGUCAUGCACCACCGAAAGAAACUACAGGGACGCAGACUUGAUUUCGACUGCAAACGACGAAGGCAAGCAAAAGGCCCUGGUAGGGCCAGCCCUUAUAUGAGUCCAAGCCAUACACCAAGACAGGACGAUGAGAUUCGGCAGGCAGAGGAUAAAUUCGCCGAAUCACUGCAGUUGGCUCAGAUUGGCAUGUUCAAUCUACUCGACAAUGAUGUGGAACAAGUGGCACAGCUUAGUUUUUUCGCGGAGGGUCUGUUGGAAUACCAUCAACAAUGUACGGAGAUACUCAAGGGUCUCGUGUCAACGCUGAUGGAGAAGAAAGAAGAGGCUGUCAACCGUCCUAAGCUGGAGUUUGUUCCGAAGACUCUCGCCGAUCUCCACAUCGAGGGCAUCCACGAUUUGAAUAAUGGUAGGCGGUACGGUUCCACCCAGAGUCUAUCCAAACCCAGAAACCACAUCCCUCCCUCAUCCUCCGUCGGCGACCUGAGUAAUGCUGAUCCUUUAAAAGCCUGGGAGGGUCCUACGCCGCCGAGAAACCAAGCGCACCUUAGAUCAGCACACCCACCUGCGCCUGGGUUUAAACCGCAUCCAGCACCCCGGAACCAGUUCAAUGGACGGGACCCGUGGACAGCAUCGCCGCUGCCUUCGCCUAUUAAAUCCCCGGCGCGAACACCAGUGGUCCAAAAUAAGGGCCCGUGCUGUACUGCUCUUUACGACUUCGAACCAGAAAAUCAAGGAGAACUCGGAUUCAAGGAAAACGACGUCAUCACUCUUAUCAAUAAAGUGGACGAGAACUGGUUCGAAGGCUCUCUAAACGGAAAGACCGGCUACUUCCCCAUCAGCUACGUUCAGGUCACGGUGCCCUUACCAAACAUGUAAACCCGCUUACAUAACAUGUCACUCCCACCAUAAACGUAUUCACUCAUUGCCCUAUAUAUUGUAACACAACUUGCCUAAAUGAAGGAAGUACGACAUGUGUGCCAAUGUGAUUAAUUAAUUUAGUACUUAUUUUACUAUUUUAAUUAAUUUUAUUAAUCAUUAUCAUGAUCCAUUUAAAUAAUGAUAUUUUAGUGUACGUUGGAUCAAAUCUGAACUGUCACUCUCUAUUGGUGGAUUCAAACCAAUCAACCAAAUCCUAGUUCUUCCUCAACUCUAAUUUUCAUUCAGUAGUGUGAAUGCAGUUCACUUUCGGGAACAAUUUUUUACUUUAAACGCACCUGGUUCAGAGUUGAUCUGUACUCUAUGAUCUUUUAAUCUAAAUACACCUUAAAAAUAUCUGUUAAAUACAGCUUUAAUCUUGAGAGUGACAUUUUAAGAUUCAUUCCAAUGAAACAUUAUAUAUUUUAUGUUAUUUUGAUAUGGAUGCUGUAUCACCCAAUGUGAGAUAAAUACAUAAUGGCUGCUAAAUAGGUUUAUGACUUGAUCAAUCGUAUAAAAUUUUCUUUAUAAAUAAAUAUAAUUAGUUGUAAAUUAUAAUAUUUGAUUGUUUUCUGCGAACAUGUACAUUCGUCUUCCUGAAGUUGUGUUACAAAUUGUUAUUACAUCAUGUUAUGCAGUAUUAUGUAAACCAUUUAUAUAAUUUGAAUUAAGUAAUUGUGUCAGAUGCUCAAGGAUAUAAUUAUGUAUUUAUUAGCGAUUUUCAGAAUUUGUUUUUUUUUAAUCAUAUAUCAGUUACUGAAUUUAAUUUUUUUGUAACAACAAUCCCUGUCUAUUCUAGUCUAAAAUAAAAAUUUAAAAAUCUACUUAAAUAUCAUAUAUUUAUUUUAUGCAUUUGGUUUGCGUUUAAAUUUCCUGAAAUUUUUUUAUUCAUCAAUGUGAUCACGUAGCAACAAACAUUAUUGCCAAAAUGAUAUCCACUUUGUUGAUAAUAAGCUAAUUAUGCAAUUAGCUUAUUUAUCCUUCAUUUUAUUUCAUUAAAAUAUAGCAUUGCCAUUUUAAGUAUUUAGGUAUGUUUGACAUAUUUUACGAAUUACAUUAAUUUUACCGAUAUACACCGACUAUAGUUUAAUAAUUAUUAUAUAAUGCUGACAUUCCCAGAGCAACUAUUAGGUUUUUAAUUCAAUUUUACAGUAUAGAUAGUUAUAGUUAUACCCGCAAUAUUCAUUAUAUAUCAAUUGACAUAAUUAUUAUCGUUCUCAUAGCUUUACUUUAGUGUUGAGGUGUUAGUUGGCCUCUUAGCUAGGUCAGUUAAAAGCUACGAGCGUCGUUAACGGAGGCCACCAUCUGUCGCAAUAUUGAGUAUGUUGGAAGUUCGUUGUCUCGUGGGGCAACAUCAAUUCUUAAAAGUGAUAUUUUGAAGUAAUGUUUGUAAAUUAGUUAAAAUUUAUUGUGGCUCUAUUUUUGUAGAUGUGCUGUCAUCUUUGUAUAGUAUUUUCCCGAAUAACGUAUAAUUAGUUUUAUAUAUUCGUUAUCUUCAUUUUAUCGAUCACUAAAUGGCACAUUACGUAACGUUUAUUAGGAUUACAAUGUAACACUAGUUAAACUAAUGAGAUUAGAUUUUAUAGUUAUUAUAUCUUUGCGGGUAAUUAUUUAUCUAAAUGGAAAAUGUAUACAAAAUAAAUUAUAUACACAUAAUGAAAUGGAAAUGAUGAAUUGUUGAAAUCUUGCCAGAAAUCUAUGGCGUUUUGGUGUUUGAUGUAUUAUUGGCAUAUUAUAAUAACAUAUUAUAAUAUCAUUGUGAUAACAUUAGGAUAUCGUACUGUUUGUGCAGUGCCCUAUCGUAUAUUUUCAAUUAAGCAUUUUUUUUUAUUUAGUCACUUUUAAUUUAAGUAAUUAUUUUUUUAUUAUAUCGCAUAAUAUAAUAGUCAGUCUAUUCAUUAAUUAAUUGCAUAAUAUAUAAAUAUAUUAAAUUAUAUUACAUGGCCUCUUCAAUAGCAUCGUUAAAAAGUACUUUGUAAUGCACUAAACUUUUAAAGUCAUAUUUCACUUAUUACCUACAUCGGUGUUGCAGUAAUAUUGAGAGUAAUAUAAAAUAAAAUCAUUACGUCAUUGAUGUCGUAAAUUAACGGACCCCAUUGAUCACGUUUCUGGCAUACAAAAGACAAUACCUAGAUCUAAUGUUAGUUGUAUGUAAGUUCAUAAAUAAUUGUUCUAUCUUCAAGUGUCUCUUUAAUGUAAGUAUUUUGAGUAAUUAUUACAAUCAUCAGUGUUACGGAAGCGUAAUAAUGUUUCAGUGUUUUAAUGUACGAUGCUGCAAUUUGGGUUAUAUAAAAACUAUCGUGCAAACCCACUCAGCAGUAUCAUAUCGUUACAAUUUCUCAUUAUACGAACAACUUAAUCUGACCUCGAAGAGUUAACACUGUCAAGAAGAUUGGAUAGACUGUUGUUAAGUAUCAUUUAAGUAUAUAUAAAUGUGACAGUAAGUACGUUUGGUGAGUGCGCUUACAUCACGUGGCAAGGAAAGAGGACCUAUUUUGUAGUGGCCCUAUGUUGGGUUGUUUCAGUGUUGCUUUUCAUCAUGCCUGUGUGAACUAAAUUAUUUGGAUAUGUAUGAUGCCUUCUUGUAAAAUCUGCUAAACAGACAUAGCGCUCUUACAGAUGAUAGUCAUUGGAAAACUAAUUUGGCGGUCGUCCCUAUUAACACCUGACGCAGGAGUCAGUUCUGAGGCAUUAUUCUCUAAACCUAUUUCUAAAACUAAUAUUUUAAUUACUUUCACGAAAAUACUAUUUUAAACCAUUGUAAACUAAGUUUACAGUAAUUGUGACUUAAAGCAAUCAUAAACUUAGUCCAUAAUAGUGCUUAGAAUAAUUAUUUGGCUGUGAUAUCAAAUUUGAAAAUUUAAUUCUAGAAAUAGCAUUAGAGAAUGGUGUCUUAAAAUCGACCUCUAUGUUGCGCUGUUUGGUGCUCCUACAGUUGAACUUUGAUGCUGUGAACUUGUUGACGGUAUUCUAUUUAGUUGUCGGCAUGUGUUGAUAGCUGCCGCCAAUAGCUACUGUCGGGUGCCAAUCGACGCGUGUUGACUCUACCCCAAACUGUCUUCGAUACUCUGUUAACUAAAAGAGUGCUUACACUAAGUUCUUUUUGAAGGCCGAAGACGAACGACAUUAUAUUUAUCCAAAUUCUAACAAAUCACACGUCAGUAAAGUGUAUCUAUUAACUAUAUCGGCUCAUAAAAUACUUUGCUGUCUGUGCGAAAUUGUCUGUUAUAGUAUAUUAUUCUUGUUCAUGUUACUGUAAUCUUAAAUACUGUAAUUUCAUAGUUUAACUUGAGAAUUUACGAGAUGUAAUACAAAUAUUGAUUUGUAUUAAAAUUUAUCCCAAAACUUAUUGCUCGUUUUCGCCUCCUAAUAAAAUGUUAACAAUUAAACACUA